AAUAUUAGAACUACCAAUAGAACAGCUAACCUACCCAUAGAAAUAAAGAAACAGAAAGAUCGUCUCUGUUACAAUUUUAAAAAUGAUGACAUCCAAGCCAGACUACUUUUUUAUUGAUGAAACCAAAGUCGAAAAAAGGACUAUUAUAGAUAUUUAUGAUGAAGAGUUUUUUACGAAUUUGAAAUUGGCCAAAAAUAUUAUUCAGGGAAUGACAAACGAUAUAGAUAAAGGAAUAUGCAGAAAAUGGAUGGCGCGUCUCUGUGCCAUGAAAUCGAGCGAUCCCCUAGUAAAAAAAAAUAGGAACGAAUUCUUUCAAUAUCUACUCCAAAUGAUGAACUUGUACGUCCAGAGGCAAAAGGCGAAUGCUCCUAAAGAAGACGAAGCGGAGGCCGAGACCGAAAAAGAUAAAAAAGGGUGUUCGUGCAAAAAAGACUACAUAGCCAAAUGGUCGCCGGACAAAAGGACGUAUAUUGCGAUGAAACCGUUGCCGGGAAGAGGGGCGCUUAUUUAUAUGGCCGUGACAAGAGAUCCCUCUAUGGGUUGGGAACAUUCUUAAACAUGUACAAAAAUCAGUCCUUAUUUUACAAAUGUUUAAUGAUGUGAUUAAAAGAAACGAAAAAUAUCAAUCAUAAUUUUUUAUAUGUCCAUGUUUAUAAAUAAAUUGUAAAAAAUAA